CCUUUCACAUUGAGGAUGGCAAACCGAUCAGCUGUGAAAUUGAACUCCGGUCAACCAGACUUUGUGCAGUUUAACAGCCUUGCGUGUGAAACAGCAGGAGGAAAGGUGAUUUUUGCGACAGAUGAGUGGUUCGCUCCUGCACAAAAUCUCUUGAAGAAGGAGCCUGCGGUGUUUCUUGCCUCAGCUUUCACCGAGUUUGGGAAAUGGAUGGACGGUUGGGAAACAAGAAGGAAAAGAAUACCAGGUCAUGACUGGUGUAUUGUGCAGUUGGGAGUUCCUGGUGUCAUUCAGGGCUUUGAUGUGGACACAUCGUUCUUCAUAGGAAACUAUGCGCCAUUCAUUUCUAUUCAAGCUGCCUGUCUCGAUGGACUAUCUGUGCCAUCUUUAGUUCUUGAGGGAGACCGUACAGGUAUGGCUGCUUCAGAGAGCCAGUUUGAAGCGGUGGCACAGCUUCACUCAGAGAGCUGGAAGGAGAUCGUACCUGUGACAAGGCUCAAGCCUGGAUACUCUGAUUCCUGCCACAACUUCUUCAGUGUCACCUUCCCACAUCGGGUCACCCACAUCCGCCUGAACAUGUAUCCUGAUGGAGGUAUUGCGAGAUUGCGAGUGUAUGGGGUUGGACAAAGAGACUGGUCCAGUGCAUUCAGUCAGGAGGAAAUGGAUCUUGUUUCACUAGUCAAUGGCGGAGUGUGUGUGGGCUACAGCGAUGCACAUUUUGGUCACCCACGCAACAUGAUCGGUCUGGGAAGGGCUGACAACAUGGCUGAUGGGUGGGAGACGGCACGGCGCCUGGAUCGCCCGAAAUUGUUGAAAAUGGAUGAGAAUGGCAUCUUGCAGGUCCUUGGAUUUGAAUGGGCCGUCUUCAGACUUGGGCAUCCUGGGGUGAUCAGCAAAAUUGAGAUAGACACCAAUCAUUUUAAAGGUAAUUUUCCUGACUGGUGUAAAAUUGAGGCCUGUAGUUUAACCCCAGAGGAGGAACAAAUCUAUAUCAGGCACAAGUGGAAUAGUGACAAAGGACCCACAUGGAAAAUGCUGCUUCUUCCUCAGAAACUGAAGCCUCACUACAGACACUUGUACUCUGGAGAGUGUGUGCUGCAAAGUGGGUGUGUAAGUCACGUGAGGCUCGUAAUUGCUCCUGACGGAGGGGUCAGUCGGCUCAGACUCUGGGGUCACAUCAUCACCAACAACUCAACUAAUCAUCAUCAAAAGUCAAAGCUCUGACUCUUAAAACUACAGCAGAGUGCUCUGAUUGCACAGAAACACUUCGGUGACAUGGUGGUUAUUUUUAAUAAGGGCUUUUUAUGAAUGUAUAUUAA